CAUGGAGGAGGCUGUGGAAGGUUGUGUUGGGCUUGUGUAUGAUCUGCUGAUGGUCAUCUGCGUUGGCUUUCUGCUUCUGCGAAUCGCUCAGGGACGGUCAGUGAGGUGGUUUGUGCUUCUGCUGGUUUCUGGAGGGAUUUUGAGCUGUUUGGUGCAUUCAAGUGCACUUAAAAUAGGGCUCAUGAGUGUGCUGUGUAGUGUGGUCCACUAUGCGGAGCGAGAUGUCAUGAUGACUACUGCCAACAAGGCUGUACUCAUCACGGGUUGUGACUCAGGGUUCGGUCAUGAACUGGCCCAGGUUUUGGACCGUGCGGGGAUGCGUGUGUUUGCAGGAGUUCUGGAUGAACUCAGUCCUGGAGCUCUGAAACUGAAAGAAUCUGCAUCUGUAAACCUCACCGUCCUGCAGUUAGACAUCACCAACAACACACAGAUCUCACAAACACAUCAGUUCAUCAAGAGCCAAACUGGCAAAACGGGACUCUGGGCGCUGGUGAACAAUGCGGGAGUGCUGGGGUACGUCUGCGAUGGGGAAAUUCUGCCAAUGAAAAUGUAUAAAUCGUGCUUGGACGUGAAUUUCCUGGGCAGCGUGGUGAUGACGCAAACAUUUCUGCCUCUGAUACGACAAUGCAGAGGAAGAGUGAUCAACAUCACCAGUAUGGCAGGAGAAGUUCCUCUUGUUGGGUUUGCAGGUUAUGGUGCGUCGAAAGCAGCGUUGAGCGUUUACAGCGGAGCGAUCAGACAAGAGCUGUCCCGCUGGGGAGUCAGAGUCAUCACCGUUCAGCCUGGAGCUUUCAGAACCAAUAUCCUGGGCAGCAGUGAGCAGUGGGAGCGCGCUCAGGAGCAGAUCUUCAGUGGUUUAUCAGAGGAGGUGAAGGACUCUUACGGUGAAGAAUACAUUCACUCGAUGCAGAAGCGGCUGCUGGAUAUGUCUUCAGUAUCAAGCGAAGACAAGGGGCCGUUUCUGCAGUCUUUAAAGCACGCGAUACUGUCCUCCAACCCUAAACACUUCUACUACCCCGGGGCCGGAGCGUGGGUGCUGACUCUACUGUACAGAUACUGUCCGACGGCACUGUCUGAUAAAAUCUUCUCCGGGAUGUUUCUGAGCAGCGUCCAGCCUGCAGAACUCGCCGCAGCGACUCCACAUUAAACCUUUAGGCGUUUUGCACAUUGGUUUACAUGAUGAUGAUCUUUUAGGAGGGGUUGGUAGUGCAAACGUAUAUAUAAUGUUUAUUCGUUGAUGGCUUUUGUGAAAUCACAGACGAAUGGCUGAAACCUGAGGCAAAUUAGUGCUUGUAAUGGUCACAGUAUACAUUAUCAGAGUCACAGUCUGAGAGAUUCCUGCUGCAUAAAAUUAAUGAAAAAAAUAUAUGUUAGCGGUGACCCACAGCCAAUGAGACCGCAAGAUUUAGGGUAGUAAGAAAUUUGGGGAGGAGUUAUGGACCUACAGUCAUUAAGAGAUAGCAAGAUUUAGGACAGCUGGAAAUUGGGAGAGGGGUUAUAGAUCUACAGCCAAUGAGAGAGCAAGAAAUAGGGCAGCUAUAAAUUGGAGGAGGGACUUACAGCCAAUGAGAGCAAGAUUUAGUGUGGAGGGAAAUUUGGGGAGGAGUUACAGCUAGAUUUACAGUGCAUCCGGAAAGUAUUGAUAGCGCUUUACUUUUUCCACAUUUGUUUGUGUUACAGCCUUAUACCAAAAUGGCAUAAAUUCAUGUAUUUCCUCAACAUUCUACACACAAUCCCCCAUAAUGACAAUGUGGAAAAAGAGUUUUAGAAAUCAUUGCAAAGUUAUAAAAAAAUAAAAAAGCUUAAAAAUCAUGCGUACAUCAGUAUUCACAGCCUUGCUCAAUACUUUGUUGAUGCACCUUUGGCAGUGAUUACAGCCUCAAGUCUUUCUAAAUAUGAUGCCACAAGCUUGGCACACCUGUCUUUGGGAAUUUUGGCCCAUUCCUCUUUGCAGUACCUCUCAAACACUAUCAGGUUGGAUGGGAAGCGACGGUGUACAGCCAUUUUCAGAUCUCUCCAGAGAUGUUCAAUAGGAUUUAGGUCUGGGCUCUGGCAGGGCCACUCAAGGACAUUCAUCGAGUUGUUGUGAAGCCACUACAUUGAUAUUUUGGCAGUGUGCUUUGGCUCAUUGUCCUGCUGGAAGAUGAACCGUCGCCCCUGCAUUGUUUGGUUAAUUUCAUUAAUGUGAUACUACCUUAAUGAUUAUUUCCAAUUUAAAAACAAUAACACUGACGUCUGGCACAUCAUUCGUUUUAAGAAUUGGUUAAGAAACUCAGGUCAGGAUCUACUACUGUUUUCAA